AGCUGGAUAUCUCGUCGGAUGCGUUAGACGCUACCGUUCAUAACUUUGUGGGUAACAGAACCAGCCGGCUGUCGACAGCAACGGAGCGCUCGUCACGAUGCCUCACCACCACCAUAUCCGUCACAACCACCAACACCACAGACGAGGUGCCUGGGACGACUUCACCGGCGCUGUCCAGAGCGUUUGGGACGAUGUCAAUCCCUUCCAGAACCAAGCCAAGGCUGGCCCCUCUACCGUCUUCCGCACCGUAUUUCGCACCAUGACGCCUGAUGAUUGGGAUGGUACAGCUGCUGCUUGGACAACAUUGGCUGUGAAGAAGACUACCAAGUCUGUCCCUACAACCACAUCCACGCAGCCGACAAACAAGAUAUCUUCAUCAACUUCGGUCAAGAAGACCUCGACCCCAGACUCCCUUCCUAAGUCGCUUGCCCCCACGACGACGGGAACUAUCCCUGCCACCCUUGCCCUUGCAACUGGAGAGCGAGGGGCCCCGCCGACUUCUGUUGGCGCGCGACCUACCGUAUCAGGUGCUCAAGCCUCGGAAACAUCUAGCGCAGCCAACACCGGAGCAAUUGGCGGAGCCGCGAAGGCCGGCAUUGCUAUUGGUGUCCUAGGCGGCGUCUUGCUGGUAUUCCUAGCCGUGUACUUCGCCUUCAGCAAGCGGAGGAAGCAGAUGGAGAAGCAGAGGAUGGAGGACGAUGAGAAGAUCAAUGGGCCCUUCUCUGACAGCAGAGCUGUGCCACCGCCGACGCCCGCCAAGGCCCCUCGCCUGAGCUUGCGUCCCGUCACACAAUUCCUACCAAAUCUCGGAGGGCCCGCGAAUCAACACGCCAACCGCGGCAAUGCCAUUGCGAUGGUCGAGAGUCCGACCCAGCAGACCAGCAGAGGCAUGGGAGGAGGUCCGUGGGACCGCCCAACCACCAGUCAGAGCACAAACAGCGCCAAUCCCUUCGGCAGCGGUGCACAGCGACUGUACUCUCCCAUCUCCGAGGAAGGUCAGUAUAGCAACCCGACCAGCCCUGCCGGUAGUGAGGUUGGGGGGCCUCAUAACGGAACCGCUUCUAGCACCGUCGCCGUCGCCGGGGCCGCCGCCGCUGCAGCGGCAGUUGCUGGUUUGACACGAAAGACGUCCAUGCGAAAGGACAAUGCGCCCAGGCCUCUCGAUCUCACCAUGCCCAUGCCUCCCCCGCAUCUCUCAGCUGUCCCUCCCAGUCCAGCGGGGACGGAAUACAGCAUGCACUCUGUCUCGCCCGGCCAACCUCCCGCUGCUUCCACCAGUGCCGCAGCGAUUGCUGCUGCCGGAGGCCCAGCCCACUCUACUGUUCACCGUGUUCAACUGGACUUUAACCCGACCAUGGAAGACGAGAUGGGUCUGGUUGCAGGCCAGCUUGUUCGCCUCUUGCACGAAUAUGAUGACGGAUGGGCCCUUUGCAUCCGUCUCGACAGGUCUCAACAGGGUGUUGUCCCCAGGACUUGCCUGUCAACUCGCCCUGUAAAGCCAAGACCACCCCAGGGAGCACCUCGUUUUGGCCCGCCAGUGAACCCCAACAGGGGACCGGGCUACCCUCCAGCAAACAGGGCUAUGACCGGACAGGGCGGUCCCCACGGCGGUCCCCACGGUGGUCCGCCAUACGCGCGAUCAGCGUCGCCAUCGGGGCCGAUGAUGGCACAAGGAGGCCGUCCCCAGUCUCCGGCUGAGCGUGCCAUGAGCCCACACGGUGGGCGCCCCUCUUCACCCGCCGGUGGCCGAGCAAUGAGCCCCGGCCCAAGGUCCAUGAGCCCCGGACCACGGUCACAAUCUCCCGGCCCUCGACAGCAACAAGGUCGACCCCAGAGCCCGAGCGGGGCGGGUCGACGUGUGAGUCCACCUGGGCCAAGCCCAAUGAACCAGGAAUACCGGCCAGGUCCACCAACUGGACCAGUCGGACGGAAGCCCGUACCAGGGCAAGCUUACUAGAUGUUUGUGCGAAGCCGAGCACAAAAGGAAUGUGGU